UUCGCACAUUCUAUUCGUUUUUACGAAUUAGACCGUAAAUCUUAUAAGAAAUCCAAACCUAUAAAGAUGGUUUCAGGAAAGACGGUAUUCCUUAGUGUUUGUCUCUUGGUAUUCGUAGUUGUUAACAAUGCGCCCGUUAAGGCUAGCCCACAGAUUGAACUUAUGGGAGGAUAUGACAUUAUUGGAAUCUGCAUUACAAAUUGUGCCCAGUGCAAAAAGAUGUAUGGAGCAUUCUUUGAGGGCCAUUUAUGUGCAGAAGCCUGUGUUCAGUUUAAGGGCAAAACCAUUCCAGAUUGCGAAGAUUUGAGUUCAAUUGCUCCAUUUUUAAACAAAAUGAACUAAAAUAACUAAAGGAAUAUUGUUCAUACAAAAGCACGGAAUAAACAAAUGUAAAGCUGCAGCACCAAAUGUCACUGGGAAAAACACUGAAUAAAAGACAUCCUAUUGACACAUAAAAAA